GAUAGGCAUGUUCUGUGUACAAAGUACAAUCGCAGCGUUUGGGCAAUUCCACUUAUAUUCUAGUCAAUUCAAAAAGUUAACCAAACUCAAAUGUGAAAUGUUUGUCAGUGGAGAGAAUUGGAAUGGACCCAACACUGACGAGACUGCUCUGGUGUAUUUCGGCCUGUGUCAGCCUGAGCUGAACCAACGAGGGGAUUAGCAGAAUCAUUGAGGUCUAUGUAGCAAAGAACGUUUACAAGGCGGAACAUUCCUGUUUAAAGUUUUUUUUUUAGAAAAUCUAUAUUGUGUUCUUUACUAGUUACUUUUUUGUCUACAGUUCCUGCAUUGACAAAUAUUUUCCUUUGGCUUUUCCUGUGUGCGCAGAAGCACCCGGAUAUCACCAGAUAUCGCGUUGAGGUAGAUUAAUCCGAUCCACUUGUAACUCUGGGAUGCAAACUACGUGAUAAAUAACGGUUAUCACGAUGUUUAAAGACUUGUGAAACAGUUCUUCAAGAUUUCCCAACGUUAUUUGGAACAUGCCUGGUGUCAGAGAAACAGCGGUUGUGGGUUUUACUCUUGCGGUAACCGGAGGAGUUGCGUAUGCCAUCUGGACUUAUGUGUCAACAGGGACAAAGCCAAAGCAAGAUUCACGGAAAAUAGAGAACACGAGUAGGGAAGAAACGGCACAAAAAGCACCAGAACCUGCACAGAAAACACCCACAGUUGUAAUCAACGAGGCCAAAUCCGCAGGAAAGCAAGUCCUGGUGUUAGGCCUGGAAGGGGCAGGGAAGACCAGCCUUCUGCACUGCUUUGCCACCGGCACUCUGGAGCAGGAUGUGGACCCAACUCAGGGGUUCAAUGCAGUCUCCAUCAAUAGGGAGGACCUGCAGAUUGAGUUCCUGGAAAUCGGUGGAACAAAGAAUCUGCAGCCCUACUGGAAGAGGUACAUGUGUAAGGCAAUGGUGCUGGUAUAUGUGGUGGACUCUUCCGAUGCUGCCCAGUUCCCUCUGGCUAAGAAGAAUCUCCACGAGCUGCUGGAAAACGACUUCUAUCUUCCUUUAGUGGUACUGGCCAACAAGCAGGAUAAACCGGGGGCCUGCAGCAUCACAACCCUCCAUGAAGCUCUUUCCCUCGAGGAGGUUGGGGACGGCCGCAAGCUUUUCCUCAUCGGUACCCAUGUUAGAAAGGGGGAUACAGAACUGAACCCGGCCGUGCAGGACGCACGAGACCUGAUCAUUCAAAUGGUGCAGGAUGGCAGAUAGACUCCGCCUCCUGCCGUGAGCUAUGAGUGUUCUAAUGGCGGGGAGGUAGGAGUUAGGGGGUAUCUUACUCAAAUGUAUCUUUGAGUUAUGUUCGUCCCAAAGGUAGAGACCAAUGUGAUUGGUUGGCCGAGGGCCGAGUUUAAAUUUUAAGACGGUGUGGGAAAAGGAUGGGAAUAAGCACAAACCCUGGUCAAACAUACUCUUGGAGCUCACGGCUGUUUGAAAUUCAAGCUCCGCCCUCCACACUGAGUCAACCAGUCAUAUUAACAUUGGCCUUCAGGGAAGAUCUGCCUGCGAGACAUGUUUGGGGAAGUGAGAGUUCCAUGUGGGAGGGGAUCGGUCAGCUCUUAUUCACCACUGUGCUGGCUUGCCUUCAUUUGUUUUGAAAACUCUAUCUUCAAGCUGUAUUGACCAACAGCAUUGUUGUAAAUGGCCUCAUUCACAACCUUAGAAGGAUGAUUCCAGGGACACCUCGAGGUGACGGGGCUUAUGGUAAAAAAACAAACAAAAAAAAACACUUUCAAUGGCAUCAGCACAAAUUAACAAAGGCAUAGAGUUUUGACUUGACUUUUCGCAGUGUUUUAUGACUACAAUAGAUACAAUAGAUACAAUAAUUAAAAAAAAUGAUGUUCUCAGCAUCUUUAAAUUAUUCGAUGCUGUUUUAGAAGCAGGUACACGUUCUGAUCUACUACUUACACGUUUUAUGCUAUUCAGAGUAUGACGACUGUGUGGUACGUCUGAUUAUUUUUGUUACAUCUUGCAUAUGUAUUGACUAUAUUGCCCUGAAAGGGUACUUUCUAUAUAGUUAUAUUUUCUUAAAACCAAUUUAGAUUUUUUGUGACCUAAGCAAUGCAAAUAUUUAUUUUGAAGCGUAUUGAAAAGAUAGCACGAUGAAAACUCACUUCUCUGUUAAUGUGGGCACAUUAACAUUUUGUCUUGGGGUGAACAUGCGGGCUGCUACACUCCUGUGUGCAAGCAAGAAUGGAGUGAACUAUACUGACUUCCACAAACCAAAGGACAACAGUUUGUUUGUGUGUAAUCACUAGAUCAGACAUCCAACCAUUUGUGUCAUAUAAGGGUUAAAUCCAAUUGUAUUGGGUUUCUGUUUUCUCACACCUGGCAGAUUUAAAUAAAGACACUUCUAUAUAUA